AUGCAACUGAGAGGAGGAGCUGAGAGGAUGAGCGAUGUGAAACAGAUCGAGUUCUUCAUGGACAAGUCAGAGCUGUCUUCUUUUCCUGGUGUACAGUCGGUCGCAGUGGUCGGCUCAUGGGACGAUUGGCAGAGCAAGACGGAGUUGCGGCAGGACGUACAGAGGUGGGUAACAAGUCUGGAUUUGGCACCUGGAGCUUACCAGUACAAGUUUGUCAUCGACAAGGCAACAUGGAUUUGCUCUACUCAGCAAACUUCCAUCACAGCCAACGGAUUCAAGAACAACGUGAUUGAAAUCAGCCAGCUGGGCGAUCAAAAGGACGAGGGUGGAGAUGAGGAACAGUCGAUGGGUGAGAGUGAGAGGAAAGGUUGGCAAGAAGAUGGGAUAGGAGUGUCAAUGCAAGGAAUGAGAUCUGGGAGAGUGGAAGCAUGGAAGAAGGAAGAAGCGAAGGAGGAGGAGGAGGAGGAGGAGAGAUCAUCAAGAGCAAGGGAGCGCCUGAACAGUUUGAGGGCUCGACGAGACAUGCUGCAAUCUUUGGACGAGAAACUUUCGAAGCUGGAGAACAGGGCGGUGCAGAAGGUGGAGAGCGUUGAAGAAGAAAAUUUGGGCUCGCUCAGCAUAUCUGAUGAUGAUGUCGAUGUUGAUGGAGAGGAAGAGAUCGAUGUUGAUGAAGAGAUCGAUGGAGAUGAGCAAGAGCAAGAGAAAGAGCAAGAGCAAGAGAAAGAGCAAGAGAAAGAGAAAGAGCAUCAGUAUGGCAAACGACAAGAUCAACAGCAGCAACUGAAGCAGCAACACCACCACCACCACCAGCAGCAGCAGCAGCAACAACAACGACAACAACAACACCAGCACCAGCAGCACCAGCACCACCAGCACCAGCAGCAACACCAGCAGCAGCAACAACAACACCAGCAGCAACAACAACAUCAGCAGCAACACCACCAGCAGCAACACCAGCAACAGCAACAGCAACAGCAACAGCAACAGCAACAGCAACAGCAACAGCAACAGCAACAGAAUCAAAAGCUGCGGCUGCAACUGCAGCAAGACGAUCAAAAACUUGCCGCGAAGGAUGUUGCAGAUGCCAUCAAAGACCUUGAUGAAAAUGGGAAUGGAGCAGAGAACAAGGAAAUCGACGACGACGAAGCAGUCGGCACCCGUGAAGACAAUGACGAGGAUGUAGAGGAUGGGGAGGAACCUUACAAGAACUUGUAUUCACUUGAAUCUUUAUCAUGUACUUUCUCUCUGAACCAUGUCAAACAGAAGAAAGGAUGGGAACGAGUCCCCGUCCAAAAAAUGCAUGUCGACGAUAAAAUCCCUUCUAGCACCCUCCAGGUCCUGAAUUAA